UUAAAAUGUGCUUAGUUGUGGUGUUGCUAAUAAUAUUUGUAAAUAUUUAAAUAUAAGACUAUAUUCCUAACAAAAUUCAAAGAGAGUGAGUUUUCUCUUUACUCUUUUAAAGCUUUAUUUUCCAGCCUUUUGUGUAGUGCAUGGGGUUCAAAUAAGGAAACCUAUUUAUCUACGAGUACUAUCUUUUUAUAAGCUUCCAUCUUCUAUUAUAUAAAUUUGUAAACAAAAUUUGAGUCUAGUUUUCUUGAUGUUUGUGCGUGUGUGUGAAAGUGCUGUCUAAGAAGAAUAUUCAAAAAGAAAAGAUUGAAAAACCAAAGAAAAAAAAAAGAAGCAGCAACUAUGAAACUCUACAAAAAUAAACAAAAAGAAAAAGACGAACGUACAAGCGAAAUUUCUCUUCUCUCAUCUUCCGUUGCAGGAAACGGAAACGGUGUCUGGAUGAGAGAGAAAAAUGUUAUAAAAACAAGAGCUCAAACAUAUAAAUAUAAACAAACAUAAAAACGAAACUGAUGAUAUAUGUAUGUAAAUAAAGAGAGGUGAAAUAUGCAACAAGCUGAGGAACCGGAGCAACAGCUGCAACAGUUGCUGCAACAACUGGAGGCACUGCCAAGGGAACAAUUGCCACAGAAAUUAGAGGCAUAUUUUCAAGAAGAUAAGAAAAACCCAAGUUGCAGCUUGGAGAAUUUCGCCAUUUACUAUUUGGCUGCACUGCGUCAGCAUACGGAAUUGCAUUUCCGGACAAGUCACAGCAAUGAAUCGGAUACGCCCAAAUGCCAGACGCCGGUGAGGAAGACGAAGGCGACAAGAACGGCAACGGCAACGGAUCUGGAAUUAAAUGAAUCUCAGCUGAGCAAUCUCAGCAUUGGCAAUGUGUCGACGCCAGUGCGUCAGGUGACGUCACAACAUGGACGUCGCUCUGGGAAUAGUCAGUUUUGUAGCACGCCACAAAGUAGCGAACGUUCCGGGAAUCGCAGUGGAGGAGCAGGAGGAGCAGGAGCGGGAUUGGGAGCUGCUUCUGGUAGCAGUUUUUGCCUGGGAGAUUUUAUGCUGCAUACCACGCCCAAUCAAAGUCAGCGUUCCAAGAAGAAGCUGACUCCUCAGGCAAUAACACCACAGGAUAACAACAACAAAUCUCAAAGGCCACGACGUCGUGUGCAACCGAUGACCAUCAGUAAGAAUGUCUCGUCCUGCACUUCCUUUGGUGACACCAGCUCCUUUAGCAAUGAGAACAAUUUGUUGCGACUCUCGCAGAGCUGUGAAAUCGAUCGGAGUCUAGUUGCAACUCUGGAGCAGGAGGCACGUAAAACGUUGCUGCUGCACAAACAGGAGAUUAAAACAGAGGCCGCUGUUGCCAGCGUGGAGCAGCAGGAGCGGGAACGGGAACGAGAACAGGACAAUGAACCCAAUAUGCUCAUCAGUUUGGAGCAUGUGAGCAAUCCUCAACAGCUGCAGCUGCUGGCUGCCAUCUAUGGUUACUUAAUGGAUCUCAAUGUAGUACCAAAUGUGCUGAGUGAAGUUAGCUAUGCGAUGCAGUUGCUCAACAUACGUGCACCGGAGUUGGAGAGUCCCGAAUCCGAGCAAGCUUCACCGCUCUCCUUGCUCUCCCGGCACAAGGAGUGCGUUUACUUUGCAGUGCAACUGCUGGAACAACAAAAGGAACUCUUACUCCAACUGGAUCGCAAAUCCUUGACUGUGUUGCUGCAACACGAGCGAUUGUCGUUGCUACCAAAGCCACUGCAGGAGCAACUGGAGCUGAUCUGUCAGCGUAAACAGCAGCAGAGCAAGCGGGAGUCCCUGUCCCUGCCAGAUCCUCAACAGAAUGUUUAUUAUCAACACGACAAGGACUCCCGGGAUAACUUUCCAACACAACACGAGUUUUGUUGCUUUAAAACCCAACGGGAUUUAUUCUACAAGGCUCUCAAACAAUGGGAGUUGUCUCAUCUGAAUCGCAUGUUUAAUUUUAAUGUGGAGCUGGGAUCAUGUGUCCGGGAGAUCUUUAAGCAAUCGGAGCAUGCGGUGAAUAUGUCGCACUUUGCCAAAUUGUUUGUCAGCCAACUGUUGAUGUCCAGCGGCGAGACGCACGAGUCGCCAGAGGAUCUGGGUCUUAAGUUGGAUCAGCAGCGUCUCAAUCGAUUGGCACAACGUUUGGUUACGAGUAAUUCCAGCGUUGAGGAUCAGUUUCCACGUACCCAGGCCUUCUUUCGUGAUUUCAUUAGCGGUUGUGGUUCUGUGGCGUUUCUGGUGCAGCUUCAAUUGGCGCUCUAUGUGCAGUUGUUGCGUCACAAUGAUUCCAGCUUCGAGUUGUUGCAACUGCAGGAGGAUGAGGAACAGCUUGCUGCUCCUUAUGUGGUGCGUCCACAGGCAAUGGCUGAGCUGCUGAUGUUGGCCAAGUUCCUUGGCUAUGUGUAUGCCUUGCCUUAUAAUCGUUCACCUGCCACAUUUGCUUGCCCCCAGCAGUUGCAGCUGCGUCGUCAGUUUCAGCCGCCAUUCGAGAUGCGAACGCAUCUGGAGCGUGCCAUGCAACAGGGCAAGCUACUGAUUACUCUUCCCUGGUUGGUGCAGUAUCUCACCAUGUUGGAUCUGGUCACACUGCAGCUGCCGGGCAGCUUGGCCACACUGGAGCUACUCUUUGCCCUGUACAGCGACUUGGCUAAUCCUCCACAGCCUCUGCAUCCAUGUGCGUUGUUCAUCACACGCAGCUGCCUCGGCUGGUUGCUGGAAUCUCAGCCAGUUUUAAGCAGUGGUUACUACAGCCAGCGCAGAACGGGCAAGCAAAGUGAAGCUACUGUCGUCCUGGUCAAGGAUUGUCUGCGUAGUCUGUGCUUUGCGGACAAGGGCAAGGCGGCAUCCAUGUUGGAGGAGCUCUUGCCGGUGGCGUGUCCGUUUCUCCAUGAGUUCCGUGUGUCCAUUACGCCCUCACAGCGCCAGGCACAGCGUAAUGGUCGCUAUCGGUAUAUAACCACGCGCCUGGAGCAGCUCAGCAGCGGAGGAGCUGCAGCCAGUGCCAAAAGUCAACCCAUUUUGGAGCCGGGAAGUCAAUCCCCGGAGCAGCAACAGCGUAAACUGACGGAUGCCUUUCUACACUCGCAGAAUGCCUCGAUGCGACGUCUCUUGGAGUUUGUCACGGAGCGUAGCUUCAAGUGUGUUGUGAAGGAUGCACAACAGCAGAUUCUCCAGCCCGCCAAGUCAUCAGCGGAUGCACUGGUCAAUGGGAUUAGCUCCACACAGCAGCAGGAGGUGUUGCGGGAACUGCAGCGCAUCUAUCAACAGGCCUGGACACAAGCCUGUCAACAGUGGAAGGAGCAAGUGCCCGCCAUGUUGCAGGAGCGGAUUAAGCAAUCCCUUCGAGCAUUAUUGCCAGAGAAUACCAAUGAUGUGGUACGUUCCACCUACGCACAUUUAAUUAGGCAGCAGGCACAAGCCCAACUCCAGCAGUGGCUACAAACAAGUGUGCUCCAGUCCACAUUUUAUCAGGGAGAUCUUCAAGAAGUGGCCACCAAAGUCUGUCGGUCUAAUAAAAACAAUGCCCAAGUUGCCAGCUCCGCUGCCUCCUCCAAUGAGAUGUGCCUAACUGUGGCAGCUGCAGAGAUGAGUCUCUCGGAGCUGCUGCACGAGUUGCAACAAUGGGUGCACUGCCUCAGCUUGCGUCCCGAGCAUCUGCGUCAUAUGUGCGACUUGCUGGAGCUGCUAAAACGAACACGACAGGCUGCCUUGCUGCCACAGCUGCCAACGUAUUUCUACGAGUUGCUGGGCUCAGUUUUAGUUCGAUUGCUGCAGUUGCUCAUCUGCCGGCAACCUCAGCUCCUCACAGAAACCCUCAUCAAUGCCAGCUGUGAGGUGUGGCUAUCGCCACAGUUGCAUCCACAGGAAACAGCUCCUGCCUUCCUUGAUUCUUUGCUCAGUGUCAGCUUUGUCCAUGAGCUGAGCAUGAAUCUUGCCAGCUUUCAACUGUUGCAAUUGCUACUCAACUCCAUGCUAGAUGCUCGUGUCUUCAGCAUGGAUGAGCUGAAUCAAUUGUUUAUGCCACUGUUCAAGGAGAACUGGACACCGCCCGUUUGGAAUGCUCUCUCGCAAUUGUUGCAACAAGUCUCGCAAAAUCGUGGCAAUGGCGACUCCAAUGUCGAGGACGAUGCCAAAUCCCAUUUGUUUAUGGAAGUGCUUGCCGAUUUGUCGCGAGAUCUGGAUAGUUUUUAAGUUCAAAAGUUUCGCAUUUUAUCAUUAAAUACACACAUACAUAGUACAUACAUACAUACACAUAGUUUUGCUGUGAAUAAAACUCUAUUUUUGCACUAGAAAGAAUUCCAACUUGCUUUUAUGUUGUUUAAAAUGUCGAUAAGAUAACGCGAGAGCGUUAUCGAUAAUUGAAACUGCUCGAUUGCGUCACUGUCAACGAAACUUGAUGAAUUUUUCGUUGUGUUGCGAAACGGGACGAGGUCGACGACGAUGCGGUCAUCGGGCUGUAAAAUACUGUGGAACAAAUCACAAGUUACUUGGGAAAUUCAUUGGGCACGGGCAAAUUUUGGCAGUGGAAUUUUGAAUUUGAUGAGCAACUAAAAUAAAGCAGCAGUAUUAAA